GAGCUUCUGAAACUGCAGGUUUUUCCAUCUGGACAAACAUCUUUUAUGACUUUGUAAAAUGGGAGGAAAACAAACAGACGUAUAAACUGUCUCUUCUCUUUCCUAAAUGUCAAGUCUAUGAAACAAAAACAGUUUAUGUGGAGAGACCACGCACUCCUCCACCUGCUGCAUUUAAAGAUCCAUGGAGGAAGAUAGACUGGACGAGGAAACAGAAAGAAGACCUCCAGAAGUUUGUGAUGGACUAUGAACCUGACGGUUCUAAGGCGAAAAAGCUCAGGGUUCUGAUCUACGGACCAGUCGGAGCUGGAAAGUCCAGUUUCAUCAACUCUGUCAUAACUGCGAUCCGUGGCCAGAGUUAUGUUAGAGCUGAAGCCAACAAUGCUCGAAAAGACACAAAGAGCUUCACCAAAGAGUACAAGGCUCACAAAAUCAGAAGACAAGGAGGAGGUCAUCUCCCCAUCGUCUUCAGCGACAUCAUGGGGUUGGAGGACGGUCAGGGACGUCGGUGUUCGAGCUGAAGACAUUCAACUGGCCAUGGAGGGACAUGUGAAGGAGGGUUACAAGUUCAACCCUACAUCUACACUGUCAAAGAACGACACCACACACUAUAACCCCUGUCCAACCCCAGAUGACCAGGUUCAUGUGUUGGUUUGUCUCCUCAAUGCCAACUCAACAGAAAUUACCCCCUCAGUCAUUCAGAAGAUGAAGGCCAUCAGAGAAACAGCAAGAGAUCUGGGUAAAGUUACACUUC